UUAAUUCAGUGCAGAACAAGGUCAAGGUCAUAAAAAGUUGCCAACCUCUGCAAAGGCACACGUUUGUCAUACUUUUGGACAUUGCCCGAAUAAACGAAAGACAAUGUAAUGUGAGAUAGCUUGAAAGGUAGCUAGUAACAUGACCGAAGAAAAGUACAAGUGCCGUAUGUGCAGACAUACCCUUACUUCGAGUAGAGACAUAUCAGAUUUGGACUGCAACACUUCCUCAUCUUUGAUAUGGUUAAGAGAGAUGGACAGUUUGGAAGGCCCCCAAUGGAUUUUGGAUCAACUCUUGAAGGGAGGCUGGACAAAAGGGAAGCUAACCUGCCCAAAAUGUGGUGGAAAAGUAGGUGGCUUUGAUUUCAUCAGUCCAAGUAGAUGUAGCUGUGGUUUGCAUAUGAACCCCUUCAUAUAUCUAACAGCUAACAGAGUGGACAGAGAUAGACCUGUCUCAGUGCCACAGUCCACCCCCAGUGCUGCCCCUCUAGCACAGAGGCCAGUUAUUACAAGGGAGGAAAGUGGUGGCAUUGUACAUUUAGAUGGUGGAAGUGAGAAUCUUGCAAUUGUAUCAGCAGCCAGUGAUGACAUUGACCAUUUACUACAAAGUGAUUUAAUACAGGCAUCUAGUGAUGGUGGUAAUACCUCUUUAAGGUAUAGGAAUAGAGAAAGAACUGAACAUUCUGUUAGUGAAAGAAAUGCAGACGCAUUCAACCAGCAAGGUGUUUCAGUGGAGGCAAAUGGUGCAUCCCAGUCAGGUGAUGAUUCCCAUAGGUUGCAUGGUGCACAGGAGGGAGCUGUGACUAACUCUGACACUUUAUUGCAUUCAAGUGACUCUGAACUUAGCGAUUCUUCUGUGAGCUCAUGGAUACUUGAAACUAGUAGUUCACCAACUUCACAGUCUGAGCCAGAUGAAACGUGGACAAAUAGUGACAAUUUACAUUCAAGCCAAAAUAAUUUUACUCUGCUGGUACAGAGCGGAAAAGAAAGUGACAAUGAUUGCAGUGACAGUGUUGAUGAGAAAAAUAAUGAGCUAGGAGAUCUUGAGUUGAUCAAACAAAUGGAGGGCUUGACAUGUUCCAUAUGCCUGGACCUGUACUACAGGCCACACUCAUGUUACCCUUGUCGCCAUGUUUUCUGCGAGAGCUGUCUGCGUCAGAUCGCCAACUCCAGUUCCACAGACACUGUGUGCCCAUUGUGUAGAACUGAAAUCAAGAAAUGCAUUUUACAUGAAGAUCUAGAGAGACAAAUCAAAACCACUUUCCCAGAGGACUAUAAGUGUCGACUAAAAGAAGGCAGGAAACUGAGACUUAAACACAUGCCCCUUCCUCGUAGAAGAUGGAACCCGGGGCUUGACCUGGAGUACCAGCAGCAGCUGAGCUGGAACAGUUAUAAAACUGAGCUAGCUGUGGUGUUCAUGUUGUUCUUUGUGGUGGCAAUAUUGGCUCUGUCAUCGUUUCCCAUGGUGAUGGUGUUACAUGGAGGGGAGCCUUGACAACGAUUGACUUACAUGUAUGUGAAUAUUUACACCAGGCAAAGUAUAGUUGUGUUGAAUGUAAACUUUACUAGAUUAAUCAUAGAGAAAGUAAGAAAUCGAUAAUAUGAGGUCAUUGACAACGUAAGACAGUAAGAAAUUGAUAUUUUUUACUUGAAAGUGCUCAGCUUCAUCAGGUGAAAAAUCUUUUUUCAGUUAGCACUAUGUGGUUAUGAAGUUGGAGCUUGUGGCAUCUGAUAAAUGCACCUUUGUGAUACUUGUCAACUUCAAACGUUGUGCAAUAAAACUGAAAAACUGAGGAUACACAUAAGAGUGAUUGUGUUUAUUCUGGUAAAUUAUUUGAAAUAAAACUUGGGGGAAAAAUCAUGAGUCAAAUUGUAAUAUAGUAAGCCAGGUUUCAGUAUUUUUGCUGUGAAUGAUAUAACAAAAAGCACUUAAAACUUAAGUGGUUAGUCAGUUCCCCAAAAAUGGACAAAUUCAUCCCAGUUGAGUUUUUUGUCUCCAUCCUUGUCAUUUUCAAGUACCAUUUUCUCUAUUUCAUCAUCUGCGAUGUCAAAUUGUCUCA